AUGAGCGACUCGCGGCGCCACAGCAGCUACGGCGGCCGGCGCCGCAGGUACUACGAAGACGAAUCAUCCGACGACGGCUACGACGACGACAGCUACUACCACUACGACCCGCGGCACCACUCCAGAGACGACGAAAGGCGUCGCACCCGGGACCGCAGCGUGCACUUUGACGAGACGCCCCGUGCGUACGACUACCUCCCUCCCAAGUACAGCAGCAACAGCAGCAGUAGCAGCCGCAGCCGCCGUCGGGGAGACGACGUCUCCCGCGCUCGUAGUGCCCACCACCGACGAGACGGCAGCGUGGAGCGAAAGCAGCACAGGGAUCACUCGGAGCGGUAUCACAGGGACUCUGACCGGCGCCGGCACAGGUCUCACGACCAGCCACGGCGGCGGGACGAGCACCACCGACACCGGGACGGGGACCGCGGGCGAGACAGGGGCAGGGACAGGGACAGGGACAGGGAUAGAGACAGAGACGGGGACAGGCACCGCCAGCGUCCGGCGCACCGGAGACACAGCACGGGCGGCGACAUGCGCACCGACAGGACCAGGAGGAGCAGAAGAACGAGGAGCAGCCGGAGCAGAAGCAGGAGCAGAAGCAGAAGCAGCGGCGACGAGGGCCGGGGAAAGUCGCUGAACCGGCUGGCGGCGUCGGCGGCGCUGACGGCGGGCGGGGUGGAGGCGCUCAAGAUCCGCAACGACCCGGGCAGCUGGGUCGGGAGCAAAGGGCGGCGCGUGGUGACGGCGGCGCUGGGUGCGGCCGCCAUCAACAGGGUCGUCGACAACGGCAUGAGGGAGCACCCCGUCAGGCAGAAGGCCGGGGCCGCGCUCGGGGGUGUCAUUUUGAACAAGAUGAUGAAUGGGAGCCGCAAGUGA